ACGUCGGGAAGGAACACAAAACGUUGUUCUUUCGAAUUUGGAGGAAGAAGUGAAGCAGUGUGACUCAUUUCUCUACUCAGUAUGGCUAAACCAGGGUAAAACUGCUGAUGUUAAUCCACUGCAGAUCAUGACUGACCACAAUUUGACCCUGAAUGAUUUGUUCUUUCUACCCAUUUUAUUCAUUGGCUUCCUUAUUCUUGGGGUCUGUUUUGCAUUCUGUUGUUAUCUUUUGAGGACAAUGAGGGAUGACUAUGAUAUUGAUGUAGAAUCUCCCAGAAGAAUCAGAUAUGAUGGUUUGAGGCGGGGAAAUUACAGGAAGAAAUGGUUGAAGAAAGUUUCAUUGAAAAGUGAUACAUGUGCAAUUUGUUUGGAUGAUUUCCAACACAAAGAAGAAAUAAGCAUUUGUAGAUGUGGCCAUGCUUACCAUCACAAGUGUAUAAUGAAGUGGAUGGAAAUCAAAGAGACAUGUCCCAUAUGUCAGAGGAACUGCAGACAUGAAAAUAACAAUGGUGGUGAGAGAACCCCUCUACUGACAAAUCCUUUGGAUAUAUGAAUGGACUGACUCCCAUGUUUAUCAAAUGUAAUGAGUACGACAAGUCAAAGUCAUCCUGCACCAACACAACAGGCUCCAAAGUUAAAUGUCUCUGACAUAGGUAAACGACUGUUGCUGGUGACAUUAAGGUUGACAUGACUAACAAUGUGAAUGUGAUCUUUAACAGUUAUUUUUCCAAGAGUAAGCAUAAGUUAAUGAGUUGCUGGCCAACAAGGUACCUACCGCUGAAUUGACUCUACUUAUCUCUGUCCAAGGACAGAGAGUGCAAUUAAAUAGUCCUGUGACAUUAACUCAAGGAAAUAUCUCAAAACUUUUCUGCAGACAAUGUAAAAGGGUUAUUUCUUUUUUCCACACCAGGACCAUAUUUUUGGGCUUCAGUAAAUGAGAUGAGGUACCAUUACUUAUAAACAAAUCAAAGUGCUGGAAUUGUAAUACAAUACAUUUUAAUUUUUUUUAACUAUUUAAUAUAUCUUACUAAGUAAGUUCAAGGUCAGCACUGUGUGUUUCAGACUAAUUUUUUUCUGCUCUGAGUUAAAGCCCAAGCAUAAGCAUGCAGGCCUUAAAUCUGAGCAGGAGAAACAAGGUACUGAAACUCAUAGCACACACCUGGAAAACAAGGUUUAGAAGUUAGAAAGAUAUUUAUUAUUUCUCUUGGGUGAAACAGAGUAAGGAAGAUUUCAGUUCAAACAAACUUUUGUGGGCAGUACAGUGAAACAAGGCCAGCUAAAUUGACCAAUCAUGUUGCUCAUUCUUACUGAGAAGUAUAACAUGGCCCACUAGAUUGACCAAUCGUGUUGCUCAUACUAACUGAGAGAUAUAACAUGUCCUACUAAAUUGACCAAUCAUGUAGCUCAUACUAACUGAGAGAUGUGAUAAAAUUGUCAUAUAUUUCCAGCUUUCAACUGAUUUACAGACAAGCCUUGUGCUAAACUGUAUGGCAGUACAAUGAGUU